CAAUUUUAAGCACAGAGAAAAGUUUACCGAACAAAAUUUAUUAAAGAAAUUAUUUUCAAUAAAAUUCAUCGAUAAUCAUACUUAGCUUAAAUAUUAGACAGUGAUAACGUAAUAUUAUUAAACAUAUUCUAAAUCUGUAAUGUAAUUAAUCGGAGUACAGUGGAUAUACGUUGCCUAUAGCUUGUUUAUAGCGUUUUUAAAUUUUAUUAUUUUUGGUGACUUGGAAUUUUUUUCACUCGCAAAAAAAAAAGAGAAAAAUGAUCUAAAGAAUUUUCAUCGGAAAAGUGGAAAGGCAGAUAAGAUAUUAUAUUAAUAAUAAGCUUGUUUGGAAAAUAGCCCAAAAAUAUAUAUAUAUAUACAUAUAAAAUCAAAUUAUAAAGUGGAAUGAGUGAAAACAAUAUUAGUAAAUCGAUAACAUCGAAUGAUACAGCAACAAAAAGGAACAACACGAGUAGUCAAGAAUCAGCUAAAAUCAUUAAUAUGUCUGAAGACGAAUCGAAAAACAACAUCAACAGCAAAAUAACUAAAUCUGGAUGGUUGCUAAAAUGGACAAAUUAUUUAAAAGGCUAUCAGAAACGAUUUUUUGUGCUCUCAAAUGGCGUUCUGUCAUACUAUAGAAUGCCAAAGAAAAAACAUUGGAAACGUAAAAAACUGAUGAAUUUGAUAAAAUCCAAAAGCUUAAAUGACAUUGAAUAUACCGAAAAAUAUGAAAAUGAUGUUUUGUAUUUGGGGGACAGGGCUGAGCCAGGAGCAAGUGGUGGAUCAACAUUGAGUAGUAACAAUAAAAGUUCCGUUGGUAAAUUGUCAAUUCGUCGACGCAGGAAGAAUCAUAAUCAUACAUCCAUAGUGGAAAAUCAAGCAGAAGUGGCGCAUACAUGUCGUGGAACAAUAUCUCUGCAUGGCGCCCUAAUUCAUACAGUUGAUUCAUGUACAUUCGUCAUCUCCAAUGGUGGAACGCAAACUUUUCAUAUUAAAGCAAGUAAUGAAGUAGAACGACAAUCGUGGGUAACUGCAUUAGAACUAGCAAAAGCGAAAGCAAUUAGAGCAAUUGAAAGUGAGGAAGAAGAGGAAGAUAACACUGCAAAUGCCAUUCCGAGUGAAGAACUGAAUGCUGUCGUUCGUGAUUUAACGAUUAAAUUAGAAAAUUUGAAAACUUGUUAUGAUCUGAUAACGAAGCAUGGCAGUGCAUUGCAGCGAGCUCUCUCGGAAUUAGAAAGUGCAGAAGAUUUAGCAAAUAAAAAUAAGAUUGUGAAUGAACGAGCUACAUUAUUUAGAAUAUCAUCGAAUGCUAUGAUAAAUGCAUGUACUGAUUAUUUAUCAACGGCUCAAACGCAAGGACAUAAAUGGAGUAAAAUGCUUCAACAUGAGCGCGAACAAAAAUUGCAUUUGGAAGAAAUGGUUGAACAAUUGGCAAGACAGCAUUCGCAUUUAGAGCAGGCAGCUGCACAUCAAGGACAACGUGCCCUUGUAACAUCGCCAAGUGACGAUGAAGAAAAUGAGUUUUAUGACGCUCAAGAAGGUGCUUCCAUUGCCUCAAACGAGGAUACAUCAUUUAUAUUAAAGAUUCCUGGUCCGAAGUCACAUCAGAGGGAUGAUGAGGAUGACAGGAGCUCAUCCGAAGGCGAGGAUUAUAAAUCUCAACAAGUUUUGGUUGUUUCGGAUAAUAAUGAUCCAAAUUUAUUGAAUAGUAACACUGACGUGACUGAUAGGGCAUCUGUUCAUUCGAGCAGUUCCCUUACGCCGCUAAAUCUAAAGAAUUCGCUUGGAAAGAGACGAACAAAAGUUCCCGAUAAGCCUAAUCAUCCACUCAACUUGUGGAGUAUAAUUAAGAAUUGUAUUGGAAAAGAUUUGUCUAAAAUUCCUAUGCCAGUUAAUUUUAAUGAGCCAUUAUCGAUGUUGCAACGAUUAACCGAAGACUUUGAAUAUUCUGAGCUGCUUGAUAAAGCUGCAUCGUGUAAAACUGUAUGCGAACAAUUAGCUUAUGUAGCUGCAUUUACAAUUUCUAGCUAUAGCACUACAGCCAAUCGUACUGGAAAGCCAUUUAAUCCCUUAUUAGGUGAAACUUAUGAAUGCGACAGAACAGAUGAUUUAGGAUGGAGAUGUCUAAACGAACAAGUUUCUCACCAUCCACCAGUCGCUGUCCAACAUUGUGAAGGUCGUGGCUGGAAGAGUUGGCAAGAGUUCACAAUGACAUCGAAAUUUCGUGGCAAAUAUAUUCAGGUUGUGCCAUUAGGAAAUUCGCAUGUUGAGUUUACAGCAAGUGGUAAUAAAUUUUCCUGGCGAAAAGUGACGACAACUGUUCAUAAUAUAAUCGUGGGACGUUUAUGGGUUGAUAAUCAUGGUGAUAUGGAAAUAAUUGGUGAAAAAUCAGCUACGGGAUACAAGUGUCAUUUAAAGUAUCUUCCAUAUUCAUACUUUACACGUGAUUCACAGCGUAGAGUAAAAGGUGUCGUAAUGGAUCCAGAAAAACAAGUAAAAUGGGUAUUAAAUGGUACUUGGGAUAAUAAAAUGGAACUUGCCGCUGUUACAUCGACCAGUGGAUCGCCUGAAAAUCCCGUCUACAGAACUUCAAAUUAUAAGACGAUUUGGCAACGACGAUUGCCACCGCCUGAUUGUGAUAAAUAUUAUAAUUUCACUACACUUGCAUGCCAAUUAAAUGAGCCAGAAGAAGGUGUUGCACCUACUGAUACUCGCCUGAGACCCGAUCAACGUCUUAUGGAGAACUCAAGAUGGGAUGAGAGCAAUGCGGAAAAAUUGAGACUUGAAGAGCAACAACGACAACGUCGAAGACAACGCGAGGCAGAAGCCGAAAAAGCAACAAUAGAAGGCCGUCCGUAUCCACCUUAUGAUUCUACUUGGUUUAGUAAGGAGAAAGAGGAAGGCACUGACAAUGUUAUACAUGUUUUCAAUGGACAGUAUUGGGACUGUAAAGCUAAACAAGAUUGGUCUAAAUGUCCUUCAAUUUUCUAAAAAAAAAUCUUUAAUCAUCACCAAAACCGAUGGAAUCGAUUGAUUGACAAACGAUUUCUUGUGCAAUGAACUUUGUAAACUUUUUCUCCUUGGUAUUUCUUUUUGAUAUUGGUACGUAGUACACACAAAAUUUUUUGCUUAAACUAAAUACUUCUUUAAUAACUAUGAAGCUGCGUUUCCUAAAAAAACUAGGCUAAACUGUACUAGAUGGGGCACCCUUUUAUUUUUGAUUUUAAAAGUGUUUUCUUAUUGCUUUUAAUGUGUAAAUUUAUAAAAACAAAAGUUUUUCUGGCGGAAAUGCAUUUGGAACAAAAAAAUUUUUUUGCAGUUAAUUUGCAGGAGGUUUGCAGUUGAUCAAAAAAAUUCAUUUGCAGUUAAUUUGCAGGAGGUUUGCAGUUGAUCAAAAAUUUUAUUUUUGUAAAAUGUAUUUUUUUUUAAAAAAAAACUUCGAUUU